UCCCUCAACAUUUUAGAAAAUAAAAUUUUGUUUAAGUUCUUUUACAGGUCUAGGUCUUCAACACAACAUAUUCUUAUCAAAAGGUACAACAACAACAUGUGAGUAAUAAAAAAUAUUAUUUUUAACAUUAGCUCACACUUAACUAGCAUUUUGUAGUGCCUACACAUCAAAGACUCAGUUUCCACUUUUUUUAAGUUGUCUACGGUUUCUAGAUUGUCUCGAAUAAUAGACAAUUGACAGGUAAUGCUGAUGUCAACAGUCAAAUGUACUGAAUGUAUUGCAGUGUGGCCUUAAAUUUGGACUCAAUAGUCAAUACAAUCUUUCUACUCUAUAUGAUUAAUAAGUGACACCCGGUAAUCACACCUUGUUAACAUGCCUUUAGAGUCAGAACUAUCUUUUCGCGGGAACGAUCCUGGCGCAGCUAAAUAUGGCAACUUUAUAAACUAUUAUACUUUCCAUAGUUGCAAAGAAAGGACUGAUAAUUUGAGAGCGUCUAUGUUUCCAAAUGUAACAGAUGAAAUUAUUUUAUGCUUAGACAUCGGUUGCAAUACAGGAGAAUUAACGGUUGAAUUGUUUUCAACAUUAACGAAGACAUAUCCCAAAUCAGAAAUAAAAAUCUUAGCAGUAGACAUUGAUCCGACAUUAAUACACAGGGCUCAAGAAAUGUUUAAUCAUAACAGUAAUAUAACUUUUAUGACUUUGGACAUAUUGAACGAUGGACAUAAUGCGCUUCAGACGUUUUUGUGUUCUCACAAUAAAAAGUUAUUUGACAUAAUUUUCUGUUUUUCGGUAACUAUGUGGAUACAUAUUAACUCUGGCGAUGAUGCACUCUGUGCCUUUUUAUUGCUCCUUAAAGAAAAAACAAGGUGUAUUAUAAUAGAGCCACAACCAUGGAAAUGUUACAAGAACGCACAAAGGAGAAUGAAGAGAUCCGGCAGUUAUUUUGAAUUAUUCGAAACAUUACAGAUAAGAGAUAAUGUUGAUAAAGUGAUCGAAGAAAUUUUAGUAAAUGGAAACUUUUAUAAAGUAUAUGAAUCCCCAUCAUCUUCUUGGAAUAGAAAAAUACAAAGUUAUCAUUUAAAUAAAUCAUAAACAAAA